AUGGAGGGCCUCGGCCCUUGGGGCUACGCAGGGGCCCCCGCUGCGCAGCUCGCUGCCUCUCGCCCCGCCGGCGCUGCUGCAGCAGCGCCACCAGCAGCAGCAGCAGCAGCAGCAGCAGCAGCAGCAGCGCCUGCUGCUGCUGCUGCUCCUACGGGGCCAACGCUAGUUGAGGCCCCGCGAAGAGCGCCGGGCCCCUCUUCGCCGCGAAGUCCUUCGGGCGCAGCAGCAGCUGUGGGGCUUGCUGCUGCAGCAGGGAGGCGCAGCUCCGCAGCUUCGGCUGCAGCAAACGAAGCCGCGCCAGCAGCAGCAGCAGCAGCAGCAGCAGCAGCAGCAGCAGCAGCGCGGUCGCCGCGGAGGGCCCCCCUGGCGAGCCCCGUGGCCGUGCUGCCGCAGAGGGGCCCCAGCCGCAGCAGCCGCAGCAGCAGGGGGGGCCCCCUGGGGGCCCCCGGGGACCUGGGGCAGCUGCUGCCGGAGUUUCAGUUCACUGACAAGCCCUCGUGGCUGCGGCGGGCUUUGGUGGCUUUGAUUGUUGCAUGCAUUUCUCCCUCUUUGUUGAAAGAAGACCCUUUUCCACCUCUUAAGCAAAUUGCCUCAAGACAGGCGCCUUUCUGA